AGAGCAGUUUCUGGAUGAGGCGAAGCAGAUAAAGUGAUCUCAUAGUGACACCCCCUUCUGUUGAAAUUAGAGGCAUACUCCACUUCAGGUCGCUACAGCUAGCGAGGGUCUCAGGAAUAAUCAAGAAUCACCCCUCAAUAUAGAAAGAAGAUGCUGUUUCAUCUGCAGACCCUGUUGGCUAGAACUGCUCUCCGAAAUGGCAGCAAAUGCCUGGCGCGAAAUUUUCGAUGUGGACAAGCCAUCAAAAGUAAUGUGGGACUGAAAGGGCGUGACCUCCUAACCCUAAAAAAUUUUACUGCUGAAGAAAUUAAGUACAUUCUCUGGGUAUCUGCAGAUCUGAAACACAGGAUAAAGCAGAAAGGAGAGUACUUGCCUUUAUUGCAAGGGAAGUCCUUAGGGAUGAUUUUUGAGAAAAGGAGCACAAGAACAAGGCUGUCUACGGAAACAGGCUUUGCUCUUCUUGGAGGACAUCCCUGCUUUCUCACCACCCAAGAUAUCCACCUUGGAGUUAACGAAAGCCUCACAGACACUUCACGAGUGUUGUCUGGCAUGACGGAUGCAGUCUUGGCCCGGGUUUAUAAACAAUCCGAUCUGGACCUGCUGGCGAAGGAGGCCUCCAUACCAAUAAUCAACGGGUUGUCUGAUUUAUAUCAUCCUAUCCAGAUCUUGGCAGAUUACCUCACUCUCCAGGAACAUUAUGGUUACCUGAAGGGUCUGACGCUAAGCUGGAUCGGAGAUGGAAACAACAUCCUGCAUUCCAUCAUGAUGAGCGCGGCUAAAUUCGGGAUGCACCUCCAGGUUGCUACCCCAAAGGGUUAUGAACCAGACCCCGAUAUCACCAAAGUAGCUGAGGAGUAUGCCAAAGAGAAUGGAACCAAGAUGUCUAUGUCGUAUGACCCGCUGGAAGCGGCCAAGGGAAGUAAUGUCUUAAUUACAGACACGUGGGUAAGCAUGGGACAGGAAGAAGAGAAGAAAAAGAGGCUUCGGGAUUUUCAAGGAUACCAGAUAACAAUGAAGACUGGAAAAGCAGCUGCUCCCAACUGGACGUUUCUGCACUGCUUACCCAGGAAGCCCGAAGAAGUCGAUGACGAGGUCUUCUAUUCUCCGAGAUCGCUGGUCUUCCCAGAGGCUGAAAACAGGAAGUGGACGAUCAUGGCUGUCAUGGUGUCUCUGCUGACCGACUAUUCACCCCAGCUGCCAAAGCCUACAUUUUGAUGUCUCAGUUCCUUCCUGGAGGAAAGCUAUUCCUCCCCGGCUGAAGUAUGGUAUCGCUGACUAAGAGAGAAGGAAAGGAAUAUACAGUCCGGUUCUGAAGAACUGCAUGGUCCUUUUCAGCGGAUGUGAAACCUGACCCACAGCUUGAACCACAUUUGGGUCCAUUUCAGCUUCGUCUAGCUUAGUUUAGCAUCGAAACUCACAUUUUCUGAGCUGCGGUUUAGCAAACGUAACCCAGCACUACAAGGGCUCUGGCGUGUCGUCGGGUUAAGACCUGAGAAGCAAAAACUCUUUAAAGCAUCUUGUGUUUUCCACUCGCAUGCUUGUUCACCUGGUUUCCUGUUAACGAAUAAAAACCUACAUGCCAAAUUGUAUUGAA